CUCAGUUAGAGGGUGCAUCAUAGAGGGAACAUCAGUGUGAACACCACUGCUCUCAUAACAAUUGCGUCAGAGAUCGGUUCUCAGCUGCUGCAUCACUGGAUGAGGAACGGUUUCAAACCAAUGCAAAAAGUCUGAAAUGUGUGACCGUCAAGAAAAAGAACUGAAGCACAGAAAAGCUACCAGCUCAAAAUCUAAACAAAUGAUGCAGCAUCAGCCUCAUCAAGUCCAUCACCACCAUCAUAACCAUCACCAGUCUGAUGAUAGCACCAGUCAAGACACUCACUCAGCAGUGGACAGUGGUGAUCAUCAUCUGCACCACCGAAAUCAUGGGGAACACAAGAGCCAUUCUUCACACCUUCUGCAUGGCCACCAUAGGCAAAAGCAUCAUAAUGUUUCUGUUUCAGAGACUUCCUAUGAUUCCUCAUCUUCAACGUCUUCUCCAUCAACAUCCUCUUCCAGUUCUUCAUCUUCCUCAUCCUCUUCCUCCUCCUCUUCAUUUUCUUCCACUUCUACAUCGUCUUCCUCUACUACCAAUCUCUCUACUGGAAACAGCAGUGACUCCUCAUACAGAUACAAUCAUAGGAAGCCCCAACAUACUCAGUCUUUUACUGACAUUUCUAGGAAACAUCGAUACUUUGAAGAAGAAGACGACACUGCCCUAUUAAUCAAUAAAAGAGAAAGUCUAAACAGAGCAUCUACUAAACAGAAAAAAGACAUGGGAAAGUCAACCCCCAGCUGUUCUUUUAAAGCAGGCUUCAAAAAUCAGCAAACAAGUGCCAGAGGUUUAGGAAAUGAUGGAGGCUUCCGCAAGGCUAAAUCACUGGAAGAUUUCACAGCACACAAAAGUGAAGGAGGAAAUGGAAGCGAGGAAGGAGAUGAACAGGAGAGGAGCAAAAGUGAAGCUAGGAAGAAUGUAAUGAAAGAAAAAAUGAAGUUUUCAGCCUUUCUUAAUGAGAUUACACGGCAGGUGCUCAGUCCCAUGAGACUUACCUCUCUUGGGGUUACAGACACUCAAAGACCCUGGAGUCCAGAGCAAGUUUCUGCCAGAUCCAGGGAGACAGACAGCAGCAUUGACAAACCCAGACAGCAGAGAAGUCGUGCUGCAAGUGCUGACUCGGUUAGCUCAAGCAGACAUUCCCAUACCAGCAAGCGUUCCAAAUCUUCUCGCCUGUCUCACUCUAAAGCUUCCCAUCAUCCCGGUCCGCGAUCUGCAAGUCCACCUGGUCAUAUAAAGCACAGGCGUAGGAGCUGUCACUCAAAGUUUCCUGCUUGUGAGCAUCAAUCUCGAUUGCCUUCUGGUAAGCACUGCCACCACCAUCAUUCCAAUCACCAUAACCAUGAAGACAACAACAGCACCAGUCAUCACCAUGACCAUAGACACCACAAUACACCACAUUGCCAUCAGUAUGGUGACAAGUAUCAUGACCAGCAUCACUGUGCAUACCACAGUCAUGAGCAUCAUGAAGAUAGUGGUAGUCCAAGUCAUCAUCAUGAAGACCAUCCCAGUUCAGCUCACCACCAUAACAGUCGUUCAAACUCACGUCCUACAACUCCGCAUCUGCAUAGACGUCACAGUUUGACCGGUGAUGUUGGAGAUUAUUACAGUCCAAUACGUCCGCAUCGCCACAGUGAUCACAAGGAUAGAUCUUUUCCCUUUCACCAUGGAGAUCACCACCACAUAGAUCACCAUCAAUCCCAUGAUAACCAUUACAAUGAAACCCACCAGCACUACCAUGUAGACUCCCACAGAGAAGCUAAUCGGCAUCAUCACCAUCACCACCAUGGAAAACACCAAAGACCAGGCCAUCAUCAUCAUGGAGACCACCACAGUCCAGGCCACCAUCAUCAUGGAGACCACCACAAUCCAGGCCAUCAUCAAGAUGCACAGCACCACCAUGAUGGAGACGACCACAUUACAGGCCAUCAUCAUCAAGGAGACCACCGCAGUCCAGGUCAUCAUCAUCAUGGAGACCACCACAGUCCAGGCCAUCAUCAAGAUGCAGACCGCCACCAUGAUGGAGAUGACCACAUUACAGGCCACCAUCAUCAUGGAGACCACCGCAGUCCAGGCCACCAUCAUCAUGGAGACCACCACGGUCCAGGUCACCAUCAUCAUGGAGACCACCGCCGCCCAGGCCAUCGUCAUCAUGGAGACCAUCACAGUUUAGGUCGUCAUCAAGAUGCAGACUGCCACCUUCAUGAAGACCACCACAGUCUAGGCCAUCAUCAUGAUGCUGACCACCACAAUCCAGGCCACCAUCAUCAUAGAGACCAUCACAAUCCAAGCCAUCAUCACCACCAAGACCACCACAGUCCAGGCCACCAUCAUGAGGCAGAGCACCACAAUCCAGACCACCAUCACUAUGAAGACCACCACAGUCCAGGGCAUUAUCAUCAUGGGGACCAUCACAUUUCAGGUCAUCAUCAAGAUGCUGACCACCACCAUCAUGACGACCACCACAGUCUAGGCCAUCAUCAUGAUACUGAUCAACACAAUACGGGCCACCAUCAUCAUCAUAGGGACCAUCAGAAUCCAAGCCAUCAUCACCACCAAGACCACCACAGUCCAGGCCACCAUCAUGAUGCAGAGCACCACAAUCCAGAGCACCAUCAAUUUGGAGACCACCACAGUCCAGGUCAUCAUCAAGAUGCUGACCGCCACCAUCAUGACGACCACAACAGUCUAGCCCAUCAUCAUGAUGCUGACCACCACAGUCCAGGCCAUCAUCACCACCAAGACCACCACAGUCCAAGGCACCAUCAUAAUGCAGAUCACCACAAUUCAGACCACCAUCAUCAUGAAGACCAUCAAAGUCCAAGUCAUCAUCACCACCAAGACAACCACAGUCCAGGCCAUCAUCAUGAUGCAGACCACCACAGUUCAGACCAUCAAAGUCCAGCCCAUAAUCAAGAUGGAGACCAGCUCAGUUCAGAACAUAAUUAUGAAGACCAUCAAGGUACAAGCCAUCAUUAUGCGACUCACCACAUUCUAGGCCGUCAUCAUGGGGAUCACCACAAUCCAGACCAUCAAAAUUAUGGAGACCAGAACACUCAAGGUCAAAAUCAAGGACAUGAUCACAGUCAACGUCAUCAUCAUGGAGAUCAGCACAGCUCAGGGCAACAUCAUGGAGACUAUAACAGUCCAAGCCAUCAUCAUCGGGACCACCACAAUCCUGGCCAUCAUUAUGAAGGCCACCAAAGUCCAGGCCGUGAUUAUGAAGACUGUCACAACCCAAGCCAUCCUCAUGAAGACCAGCACAGUCCAUGCCAUCACCAUAAAAGCUACAGCAGUCCAGACCAUCAACAGAUGGACCACCACAGUCCAGACCAUGAUCAUGAACCCCACCACAGCUCAACUAAUCAUCAUAAAGACGACCAUCACAGUACAAGCCUUCACCAUGAAGACCACCAUGGUCGGGCUAAUCAUCAUGAAGAGCACCAUGGUUUAGGCCAUCAUCAUGGAGACAAUCACAGUCCAGGCAGCCAGCAUCAUCAUGUUGAAUACCGCAAUACUAAUCUUCACCAUGACCAUCACCCUGAAUCUCAGUCAGAUCUGAGCCAAAACAUUGACCUUGAACAUAGCAUUCUUGAUGAUAAUCAUAUUCAUUUAAAGGAACAUUCUGCCAUUAGUCCACCUUCACGCAGAAAGCCAGACAGUCUUGUCAGCAUUGAUUCCCAUACCAACACAAAUUAUCCCUCUGGUCUGGAUGAAGAAUGGACAAGUUUCUCCAGCCCAUCCCACCUUAAAGAAAAAACACAUGUGUUCGGCAGGAUCAUGAUUUUGCAGAACGAAAAUGAAGGUCUGCAUCAAAGUUUACUUCAGACAGCGGUGAGGAUGGAGUGUUUGGGAGAAGAAUUCAUCAGCAGCCAGAAGAUCCUGGAAACCGAACUUCAGAAGACACGCAUGGAGCUCAGCAACCUCAUGGACAAGUUUAACAGGCUCAGCAAUGAUUGCUCGUCUACACAACAGACCAACAGUCUUCUAGAGCAAAAGCUUCACUCAGUGCUUCAGAAUAUGGAAGCAGAACGGGAAAGGUUGAGUCUGCGCAUCUCAGAACUGACCGAGCAGCUGAGUGAGGCUCAAUAUGCCAGCACCAUGGAAGAAAUCAGAGAUGCAACAGCAGAACUACAUAAAAUCAACCUGCAUACUCAUUCUGGUGAUGCCUUCCCUCAGAUGAUUCCCCCAAUCGCUCCCCCUCCGGUUCAGUUUAUGGACAACCUUAAUUAUGGGAAAGAAGCAACCUCUGCACCGGAGCAGCCUUUGGGGCCGGUUCCAGAGGAGGAGGAAUCUGACUGGUCUGAGGUGGGAGAAGAGACCCCACACCUCUUGCUAACAGGAUCAAACAAAGGUCAGGCAUGGAGACAGCAGGAAGCAGACAUGGACAAAGACAGCGAGUCAGGAAGUGAGGACCUUGACAGAAGACACUCUCCACGCCCUCUGCAGAUACCUCAUCUCCAGUUCACCAUUCACAAUGAGUUUAUGCCAUCAUCCCGUGCCAGUACUUUACCUUCUUGCUUCAAGAAUCUGUCAGACAGCAUGCCUAGCAAGGACAGUUACAGAAUCACCACAAGUCCAAAUCUUAAGUCUGCUAUCCUGAUCCGGUCUGCCAGCCUGGAAGAAAUUCCUCUUACACGCCAUCAUGAAGAGCUUAGAGGAACAGAGGCCAUUAUGAACCUUCAUCAUUCAGCUGAUGUAGCAUUUGAGGAUCUCGAUAAUCAGAUCAUUCAUCACUGGAGAACUAGCAAUGAUAGGGACACAGUUAUAAGAACGAUGAUGAAGAGCAGAGGGCCCGAGGCAGACGGCAGCCUAGCCAGCCUGCAGUCAGCAGAGCAGUUGCUUAAUCACUUCAUAUGUGACACACCAUCGGGUGAAGGAAGAGAGCCGAGUAGGGUUGAGAUGCAUGGCUGGACAGGGGGGAUUCCAGAGGAGGUUCUGAAAGGGGAGCAAACACAGCUCUGAUAGCGCACUGUAAAAAAACUGCUGAAAAUGUAGUUUUUAAACGCUUUUUAAUGCAUUUAAUGUUUUAUUAUCAACUGUAAAUAAACAGGUAAUCCUGUCAGUAAAAGUGUAUAACUCUGUUCUCAUAGAGUUUCAUGACAAGCAUUUCCCUCCCUUACUCACUAACAUGUUGCUGAUGACAAUCCUAGCUAUAAAGUAAAUUAUUCAUUUUUUCUCUUCUUUUAUUAACAUGCCUGCAAUAUUUAUUUCACUGUAGCAUCAAAAAGCUUUCUUUCCAGCAUAGAGUCAUCAUUUAAAUUAUGUGUGAUUAAUGGAUUUGAAAUGGCUUACAGUAACUUAGGUGAGAUAGAUAAAAUGGUAUAAACAUUGACAAACCUGGACUAAGCCAGUAGCUAAUUUAGAGGCAGAAUAUUUUUGUGGGAAAAUAACAAUGUUUAGAUUUAGUUAACUUAUUAUUUGUGUUAUCUAUGCUAUAGGAAAUUGUAGACACCAUAUUGUUUUUAUGUAUACAUUUAUAGUAUUUUGUCCAUCUGUAACCUCAUUGUACCUUGUUGAAUAUGUCUCAAUCUGUAAGUGCCAGUGUUAGAUUAAGUAGCCUUAUGUUGUCUCUAUGUUGACUGAAGUACUCACUUUAACCCGUCAAAACACGUGAUCACAACACAUGUAACUAUGUCUGCAUUGCAUUUAAUAAACCAAACGAGUUAGA